AUGAGCAAACCAAUUUUGAUCAUCUCUAAAAUUGAUUCUCAUUCUGGAGAAUUUUAUCUAAUGGAAGAAAAAUAAUAUGAGACCACUGAAUAGUAUUUUGCUCUUUUUUUAUCAAACAACUAUAAAAAGGAAUAUUUGCUGGAUGAGAGAGAAUAAAAAGAUAAUAUCUAAAAGGUUAGGUAGAUUCGGCAUUUUUUAAAGAUGAUUGAAAUCAACUAAUAGUAUUAUUAUCUUUUUAGAUACGUUAAAGGAGAGAGAAUAUAGGAUUUUAUAGUUAAAAUGAGGUGUCAACUAAAAACAAUAAACUAAGAUAUUAUUGAUUCAUUUGUUAUUUAAAUAUUAGAAGCAUUAUUUUAACUACAUAAACUAAACAUACUAGGUAGAAUAUUUUCAGCUGAAAAUAUAAUAAAUAAUUAUGGGACUUUAGUUUUAAUGGAUUUUGGUUUUGGACCUGACAUAAAAUAGGAUCACCUAGAUAUUUUAGCAUCACCAGAAUAAAUAAGAGAAUUACUUGACUAAAAUUCUCAAAUAUAAAAAAUUAAUUAUAGUGCCCUUAAAAUUGAUUCAUGGUUAUUAGGUGCAUUUUUAUAUCAUCUUGUGAAAUUGAGACCUAUCAAUUCUGUCUAAAAUAAAAAUGUUCCUAAUAAAAUGCAAAUCUUUAAAUACACAGAUCUCGUCUACUAUAACAGCUACAUUUAAGAGCAAUGUAAAAGCAGUGAUUACAUAAAUGCUUAGACUAAUAGAUAUAAAUAAACUCUGAUAGAUUUUAUUCAUGGUUUAUUGACUUAUAAUACUUAGAAAAGAUUGUCGUUCUUAGAGAUACAUCAAAGUGAAUACAUCAAAAGCUUAAAAUUAAAUAAAUCGGACGAAUACAUAAAUUUCUAUACAAAUUUUUAAGAAGUAGAGAUAAUUGAAAAACUAAUUAUUAGAGGAGGAAUUUCUUAAUCUUUCGUAUUGAACUCAGGUCUUUUGCAAGGAUAAUAUGAUCUUUUAAUAAGUUCACCAGUCAAAAUUAAUGGUAAGUAAGACACACCGAAUGAAAAGGAAUUAGAAUCGUUACAUAUCACACUUCCUUAUACCGCCUCCUUCAUAUAAGACUCCAAAUAUUAUGAUAUCUGGAAAUAAAUCAACUUGGAAUAGUUUCGUUAUUUUAUACUGAAUGAUACAGCUGAUUAAAUUAAAGCUGAAUAUCCGGAAGGGUGUUAUAAACUUUCAUUAGUAGCUUAAUAUGCUUUAAGAAAGCAAAGUUAUAUUAUAUUAUAAGAUCUCAUUUAAAAAAUACAAUCAUCUGAUUAUCCUUGGUAAGGAAGCUUAGUGACUAACUGGCAAAAUUUCAAAUAGGAAAAUAAGUUUUAAUUUUUAAAACAUGCCUUAUUAAACGCUAGUACUAUUACUAUUUAGAGCAUGGCUUAAUUAUAAGAAGAAUUACAUAAAAAUCCUAAACUAAUUGAGAAUUUUAUUGUUACACAAAAAUCUAAUGAAUUAAAUGAGGUUUUUAAUAAUAUUCUCAAUGAGAAAAUUAUUAUUGCUUAAGCUAAAGAGCAAACUUCAUUGGAUAUAUACUCAAUUUAUUAAAGUGUAAGUACUCGAGAGUGUUCUUAAAAUCCCGCUGAAAAUUUGAAGUAGUCAGUUCGAGAUACUUAAUAAGCUGAAUGGUUUAAAGGUUUUAAGGAAGUUAUCAAUCAUCUUUUCAAAUAUUUCAAUGAAAAUGUUACUGAUCCAAACUUUAGAUAAAAGUACAGUCAAAUACUGUUAAAGAUUUUGUAUUGCAGGCUUAUCAAUAUUAUAUUUUCUUUUGAAGGUGUAAAAAAUCAUUUUAAAAACAUCAAUCGUCUUGAAAAAGAAGCAGUUACUCCAGAUGAGAUUUAUUGCUAUAUAGAAUCUAAAGAUAACUAUGAAUUAAAAUAUAUAGAAAUUUAAGACCUUCUGAAUAAAUAUUUUAGACAGUGAGCAGUAGUAUUCAUUAUUGAUAUAUCUAUCUACAUAAUUAUAAUUAAUUUGUCUUAGUUAAACAACAAUAUAAAAA